CCGGGGUUCAGGUGAGCCAGCCUGUGUCUCUCACCUCAGAGCUGCUUCCACGUCCAGGUCCUUCUGAGCCUCGCUUCCCUCUUCCCUGCUCUGUGCUUUCCAGCGUAACUGUAACUCCAGGCCCACGAUGGACGCCCUGCAGCUGGCGAACUCGGCUUUCGCGGUUGACCUCUUCAAAAAGCUGUGUGAGCAGGAGCCAGCGGGCAAUGUCCUGUUCUCUCCGAUCUGUCUCUCCACCUCCCUGUCCCUCGUUCAAGUAGGAGCCAAAGGUGACACAGCCAGUGAAAUCGGACAGGUCUUUCAUUUUGAAAAUGUCAAAGACGUGCCCUUUGGAUUUCAAACAGUAACAUCAGAUGUCAACAAGCUUAGUUCCUUCUAUGCGCUGAAACUAAUCAAACGGCUCUAUGUAGACAAGUCCCUGAAUCCUUCCACAGAGUUCGUCAGCUCCACGAAGAGACCCUACGCCAAGGAAAUGGAAACUGUUGACUUCAAAGAUAAACUGGAAGAAACGAAAGGUCAGAUCAACAACUCCAUUAAGGAUCUCACAGACGGACGCUUCGAGGACAUUUUAUCCGCCAACAAUGUCAGUGACCAGACCAAACUCCUUGUGGUCAACGCUGCCUACUUCGUUGGAAAGUGGAUGAAGAAGUUCCCGGAAUCGGAAACCAAAGAGUGCCCUUUCCGUGUCAACAAGACGGACACCAAGCCCGUGCAGAUGAUGAGCCUGGAAGCCAUGUUCUGCAUGGGCAACAUCGACAGCAUCAACUGCAAGAUCAUAGAGCUGCCCUUUCAGAACAAGCACCUCAGCAUGCUCAUCCUGUUGCCCAAGGACCUGGAGGACGAGUCCACCGGCCUGGAGAAGGUUGAGAAAGAACUCACGCCAGAGACGCUCUUGCAGUGGACCAACCCCAGCACCAUGGCCAACACCAAGGUCAAACUCUCCCUCCCGAAAUUCAAGGUGGAGAAGACGGUCGAUCCCAAGGCUAGUCUGGAAAACCUAGGCUUGAAGAGCACCUUUAACGAGGAAACCUCUGAUUUCUCGGGGAUGUCCGAGGCCAAGGGCGCGGCCCUGUCCCGGGUCAUUCACAGAGUGUGCCUAGAGAUCACCGAGGAGGGCGGGGACUCCAUCGAGGUGCCGGGGUCGCGGAUCCUGCAGCACAAAGACGAGUUCAACGCCGACCACCCGUUCAUUUACAUCGUCAGGCACAACAAAACUCGGAACAUCAUUUUCUUCGGCAAGUUCUGCUCCCCGUAAGGGGGGGCAGGGCCCAGGCUGAGUCCCACCCGGCGAUUCUGGAAACCCUGCACCUGGAGAAUCACUUUCGAAACACGAUACAUGGUUACUAUUGCUGAAUGGGCAACGCCCUGGUGCCUGUCACGUGUGGCUAACAGGCCCCUUUCCCCAAUCUGUUCUCUUAGGGCCCCUCCCCACCCAUCAGAGACAAUGCUUUCCAGGAAAAGGAAACGGGUAUGCAUUGUUUGUCACCUCGCUGGAGUUAUGGGCAGAAAUACGGUCUUUCACAAAGAACAUCCCUGUAAGGAGGGUCGGUAGGAUGGUAUUCCCAGAGCUUUGCCUCCCUUUGUUGGGAUACAGAAUGUUCCAGACAUACUGACCUCCCUGAAAGGUGGAAGGCACUGCGGUUCAGGGGGUCUGCCAGAGUUUUCUGGUUCCAGGGAAACUGGGGCACAUGUACGGGCUCCUGUAGGUGCCCACACAUGUGGGGCAAAUGUAAACCCUGAUUUGUUUUGGCUUUUAGAAAGAUAAUAAUAGCUUUCCCAACGUGUAUGUUACGGAAGUCCAUGGAAAGAGUCUGGAACAACACCCUCCGUAUAAGUCCCCACCUUGAUAUUUCUGCCGUAAAAUGUAGAAAAUGGAUGCAAAGUGGAUAAAGACUCUGAACAGCCCGUAAGUGCCAGGCGUUGCUGACAAAUGCGUAUGCCACCAGCUCGCAAACACGCUUCGUUUUCGGGACUUUUCGAGAUCUUGAAAUGCCGGAUAAGAAAUUGCAGACUUAUUGUAGCUGACGUGCCGCCCUCAAAGGGGGAGCUCCGGUCUGAUUAAACGUUUAUUUCCUCUUUGGACAGAGUGACCCCCCAUUCCUGGGGUGGGGGACAGACUGCUGGGUGGGGCUUCCAGCUGACUGGACAAGGCCUUCGGUGUCCGACAACCGGGGCCUCAGGGCGCAGGGACUCUCUUGUGGUAGGUGGCUGAUGGGAGAAUUCCGUGACUGUCGGAUGUCUUUGUCUGGUGUGGCGGGGAGGGGACGGAACUUAGGCCUUUAGAAAAUAGAACUGGGGCUACCGAGGUGCUCCCACUGCUUGGGCACAUCCUUUCUCCAAGCCUGCGGCGUCGGUUACUACAGGUCGUCGGUGACUUUCACUGAGUGGUGUUUAGCGUUGAUCUGAUGAGUCAUCUGUGUUACCAGUUCCCAGGUUAAUUCAUGAAGCACUAGUGUCCUGAAGACUCGGUGGCAAACCCUUCCUCAUCUCUCCUCGGGCGUCCCUUGUAAAUAGGUCCAACGUUCUUCUCGCUCCCAAGGACCAGCAUUCACUUCCUUUCAUGCUACGGACAAUAAAAUAUCAUGAA